AGUCUGGCACAGGGAAACAAAUCACUGCAGGUUAUUCAAUCGUCUGCUGUCCUGGAAUUUGUGUCUGUGUGGUAUAUCGUUAUUCCUGCCAACCCGUGGCAUAUUAGGAUCAGUGACCGAUGUCAAGUUGUCAUAUAGAACAGUGACAUUUGGCGUAUAGAUCCAUUUUCAUAGAGCUCGUGAUUAGGAAGGAUGAGCCACCCAGUCUCUGGAACAGACGUUAGUCUCGAUUUCAAUGGAGGUGUCACCCCGAGCAACUCAAAUAUGAGCCACACGCCACAUGAGGCGUCCCUACAACCUCUUCCUCCAAUUGGAUUUGAAGGCCAUGGAAUGGGAGACACGUCGACUGACAUCUCCGUGUUGUCUAUCAAAACAAUAGGAAACGAUCACAGUUCCACUGACCCAGUUCCGCCUGCCCCUGUGGAUGCCAGCAAUCAGAGCGGGGAACAAGAGAAGCCAGCCGCAAGCCUAUUUAUGAACGACGGCAGACGUCGCGUCGAUUACGUCCUGGUGUACAAUGUGGACGACGACGAAGAGGAGGAGAACAAGAAACACAAGUGGAGGGCACACUUUGAGGACCAACUCAAGAAGGAAAGUCUGGAGCUUGAAGUCGAAACUAAACAGUUUGACAUAAUUCCCCAGCUGUCAGUUAGUGGAUUAUUAGGGAAACUUUGCUCGUCUAAACAGCAUGACAAGGAUAAGAAGAUCUACUACGUCAAGGUGCAUGCACCAUGGGACGUCCUUGCUAAAUAUGCCGAGGCUACCAGUAUGAAAAUGCCAUUGGCCGAAAAUGACAUGCACAAAAAGUUUGAGAGCUGCUGGUCGAAAUGUCCAACUCCAUUUGAUUUUGAUGAGAGUAUUUUACCCACUGUGCCAGAUUUUUUCACAGCACCGUUCACCAGAAGUCGUACAGAUCAAUUUAUAAUCCAGGACAAGGAGACAUUUUUUACCCCAGCCCAGAGAAGUCUCCUCACAUAUCAGGUUUUAUCUAGAGCCAUUUUUGAAGACCUUGGCGAUCCAGCUAAAAAUAAAUUCGGUAUCACAAAUCUACUCAACAAUGGAACUUAUGAUGCAGCUUUUCCUCUCCAUGAGGGUGAAUAUUACAGUGAUUAUUCUAUCCUGGCAAGUGGGGCACAGAAUCAGAGACAUUUACUGUAUGAAACCUGGGCCAAACCAGGUGCAUGGUACAAGUUUCAGCCAUUGGAUCACAUAAGGUUAUAUUUUGGUGAGAAAAUCAGCAUCUAUUUUACCUGGCUGGGCUACUAUACAGGUGUCCUCAUCCCAGCUGGUUUGGUGGGACUUGCUGUGUUUAUUUAUGGAUUGGCCAGAAUGCCAUUCAAUGAGGCCAGCAAUGACAUCUGUUCAGAGAAAGGUCCAGGAAACUGGACUAUGUGUCCACUGUGUGAUGGCAGAUGCGAGUACUGGCGACUGAAAUCCUCUUGUAUUUACUCCAGGGCAACAUAUCUCUUUGAUAAUGAGGCCACAGUAGCGUUUGCUGGCUUUAUGGCCUUAUGGUCCACCGCCUUUCAUGAGCUCUGGAAGAGAAGAGCAGCAGAGAUUGAAUAUGAUUGGGAUGUUGCUGAUUUUGAAGAGGAGGAGACCAUUCGUCCUGAGUAUGAAGCUUCAGUGCGGCGCAGAAAGCCUAACCCUGUCACCCAGCAAACUGAGGGCAGUUACAGGGAAGAAGAAGAGCGUGAUGAACCCUACAUGAGCUAUUCUUCUAAAAUCUGCCGCAUUGUCUCCUCACUCUGGGUGGUAUUAUUUAUGCUUUGUGUGGUGUGUGCUGCUGUGUUUGGUGUCAUUGUGUAUCGUAUGACUGUGUCAGCCGUGCUGUAUGCUGUUGACCAAGCAACCAUCAAACAGAGAGCAGGAAUACUAACUUCCAUAUCAGCUGCACUCAUCAACCUUGUCAUCAUUAUCCUACUUGGCAAGAUCUAUGAACUCAUUGCAAAACUUUUAACAAACUUUGAGACGCAUCGUACAUUAACAGAAUGGGAAGACAGUUUUACUCUCAAGAUGUUUCUUUUCCAGUUUGUCAACCAUUUUGCUUCACUUUUUUACAUUGCAUUUUUUAAAGGAAAACUUGUGGGUCGUCCUGGUGCAUACAAUAGGCAAAUAAAUGCAUCUAGACAAGAGGAGUGUGAUCCUUCUGGAUGUCUGAUUGAAUUGUGUAUCCAACUGGCAAUUAUCAUGCUUGGAAAACAAUCUUUCAACAAUUUCAAAGAAAUUAUUUUACCCAAGCUGCUUAAUUGGUUCAAAUCCCGCAAAGUUAAAGAGGCAGAAGAGAAAAAACAUGAGCAUGUUAGCCAAUGGGAAAAAGAUUUUGCCAUGAGUUCCAUGCCAGAUCUUGGGCUGUUUGAUGAAUAUUUAGAAAUGGUCAUCCAGUAUGGUUUUGUAACAAUCUUCGUGGCAGCUUUUCCUCUGGCUCCCCUCUGUGCACUACUCAAUAACAUCAUUGAGAUUAGACUGGAUGCGUAUAAGUUUGUCACACAAUGGAGGCGGCCACUUGCCAUGAAAGCUCAAGACAUUGGGAUAUGGUUUGGUAUUUUACAAGGAAUUUCUACAGUAGCAGUCAUGUCCAAUGCAGCAAUAAUAGCUUUUACUUCUGAGUUCAUUCCCAAGCUUGUUUACCAGUACUCGUACAGUGAAAAUAAUAACCUUGAUGGAUACCUCAACUUCAGUCUUUCUGUCUUUAACGUGGCAGACUUUGAGAAAGAUAGUAUACCUAGCAAAUAUGAUAAGGCAGAGUUUGGCAAUGUAACCCAGUGCAGGUACAGAGAUUAUAGAAGUCCACCAGAUGCAGCCAAGCCUUAUGAAUCUACACUUGAAUACUGGCAUAUCCUUACAGCAAGACUAGCUUUCAUUCUGGUUUUUGUGAUUCUAGUGUGGCUGUUGUCCUGGCUGAUAGGGUACAUAGUUCCAGACAUGCCCAGGUCAGUGAAGCUUCAAAUGCUCAGAGAAAAAUAUCUUGCCAAAGAGGCGUUGCUGAAAUCUGAAGAAUUUCUGGUUGGAAUCAAAUUUAAAGGGGCCAAACCUGACCAGGAUAGUAAUGGAAUACAGAAUACUUCUCAGCCUUUCUAUUGAGAUCAAAACAUAAAAUAUUUCUGUAAGGCUAUUUAUAAAGACACAAAUGUUUUAGUUAGAAACUUUGUAAUCUAGAACCAAUUAUUUCCUGACGGGUUUUUAAAGUUGAAUCGUUAUACAAAAACGAUCUUUUAAUUUUAUGUCUCAAAAUGUUAUUUUAAAACUGAAGCUUUAUUGUUAUUCUAUUUACUCAUGCUGAAAAGCAUCUUUUUAAUUAUAUAUGCUGUGUGCUUUUAAAACAAGAAUUUUUAAAAUCAUUCAGUUCAUUUUAAAGCAAAGACUGCAUGCACACUACUGAAUGAAGCUUAAUUAUAUUGUAAUAAGAUAGCCAUGAAAAUUAAUUUUUAAAAACUAGUUUAUUUAUUUACUUAUUUUAUUACUUUUAGGAAAUUAGAUUUCCUAGAACUAAUAUUUAAAAAUAUUUUUGUCUGCACUAAAACCGGUGUUUUGUUGAUUAAAGUGCAAUUAUCUCUAAUCAAAACAUUAAGCUAAAAAUAAUCUGGAUGCUGUGGCUUUAAAAAAAGUUACUGAAAAGUAUACAUUUACUGAAGGUCAAGUAGAUAUGUUAACUUUCUGUAAACAAUGAAUCUAGCCAUGACAAAUGUUUUCAGUGGAGUAUAAUUCUAUUAAUAGUACAAGUUUUAUUCCAGUAUUAUCAGGUAGGGGAAGAUUAGUUUUUAUGGGAAAUUAUUUGUCAGGUAUUAUCAUUUUAUUGAAUGGCUUAAGUGAAUAACAAUAUUUAGCUUACUUUUCAAGUAAAUGUAGCCCUGCCUUGGUCAACUACACACAACACAUGCACCAAAGUGUAUCAUUUAUUGGUUAAACACUGACCUUCUUCACUAACUGAAUCACACUUCAUCUGGUAAUUUUAGUGACAACUAUUAGUGCAUUUACCAUGGUAAUUGUCAACAUUUCAGCUAACAAUAGAUUUGUAUGGAAGACCAAACUAUUCUUUGUCUGGCUCUAUGACUAUGAGACAUAAAUGUCUAUUCAUCUUGUUCUAAAUCUUUGGUGUUGUUUCUUUAUUAUCAUAACUUUCUCUGUCUUCCAUUUGAUGAAAGAAAUAUUUACAUAUAAAAACUUUGAUAUAUCUUUUGUUAAUCUAGUUUGACUUCACAGCUUGACUGAUACUGACCUAGUCAUUUUCCUAACUGCAAACUGAUUUCAUUCCAACAUUGUGUUGAAAACUUGUUGCCUUUGACCAUUUUAUGAUUUAUUUACAACUUGUGAUUUGUAAUUAUUCUAUUAGUAGGUAUAAAUGUAUUAAAAUUGUGAUUUUGUAAAAACUGAUUUUUGUAUGAAUUAUUUAAUUUUAUACUUAAAUUAUUUUCAUAAAUAUCUAUUUCUAUGGUGUUUUUGUGAAUCUCUCACACCCAUCCAGUUUUUGUUAUCUCUUUAAGAAAUGAGUUCCAAUUUUUAAAGUGAAACUUUUUACAAUUUUACCUCUUGCUUAAAAUUACCAGUAACAUGCUAAUAAAAUGUUUUUCCAGAAGGUGUCAGUCUAUUUAUUAAAGGCAAAAUGUAUUUUUAAAAGCUGUGGUUCAUACAGCAUGUAACAAUUUACUGUUCAAUAUGAGCAGCUAUAAAUAGAAUUUAAGGAGUUGCUUUUAUUAUCUUUUUAUUUACUGUUAUAUUUUACUAUUUGACGCCUUAUCUUGUUUUAUGUUUUAUUUCAAUAAACUUAUAUUUUUAAAAAUCAA